AAAUCGUCAUCAAUAAGAGCAGCAAGUGCUGUUUUUCAUGUUUUACUGUUAUCGUUUGUAGGUUUGACGGAUUAUGGCAGUUUGUCCGGUCCUUUUGAUGUGUUCAUUAACCAAAACGUUCAGAGAAAACAACACACUUGUGGAUGGUAACUAACAUAAUUUGGAGAAUUGGAUUAGCAAGAGAAGUUUGUAAGCAGCAUGACUACUCUCACAAGACAGGAUCUAAACUUUGGACAAGUUGUUGCAGAUAUUCUAUGCGAGUUUCUGGAAGUGGCUAUACACCUUAUUCUUUAUGUCCGUGAAGUCUAUCCAACUGGAAUCUUUCAAAAAAGAAAGAAAUACAAUGUGCCUGUACAAAUGUCUUGUCACCCAGAACUAAACCAAUAUAUACAAGAUACUCUGCAUUGUAUCAAACCUCUAAUUGAAAAGAAUGAUGCAGAAAAAGUUGUUGUCGUAAUUAUGGACAAAGAACACCACCCUGUGGAAAGAUUUGUAUUUGAAAUUUCCCAGCCACCUCUGCUUUCUGUAAGUUCAGAUGCAUUAUUAUCCCACGUAGAGCAGCUGCUGCGGGCAUUUAUUCUGAAAAUUAGUGUUUGUGAUGCCAUUUUGGACAACAAUCCUCCUGGUUGUACAUUCACCAUGCUUGUCCAUACACGAGAAGCUGCCACUCGAAACAUGGAGAAAAUUCAAGUCAUUAAGGAUUUUCCUUGGAUUGUGGCAGAUGAACAAGAAGUGCAAAUGAGAGAGCCCAGGCUUAUUCCUUUGAAAACCAUGACCUCUGACAUAGUUAAAAUGCAGUUGUAUGUAGAAGAAAGAGCUCAGAAGAUGCCUUAGGCUUCAGCUGUAUAAUUCAUGAAUGACUUGCACUCAUAGGCUGAUGGUUGGGAUCUUUAUUGUCCUGUCUGUUUGAGAUGUUUAACCUGAAGUUGAGAACAAAUGAGUACAAACAGUCUGACAAGGAUCUUUCAUUGACCUUAACCUACCAGUUUGUAAGCUGAUAUAAGAUGGGGAGAGAGAGGGAAACAAUAAGAAUGCAUUACUGUAGCCUUGUUUCCUCUAUGAACAAUGAAUUGACUUUUUAUGCUCUUUUAUAUUAAAUAUUUGGACAGGAAAAACACGAAAGAUUCAAAGCAACAUUCGUCUAUUUCUACUGAGUUAUAAUUUGGACAUCUCUUUUAGUGUGGUUUCAUGCUCUGACUAAUUCAUGACUUGAAUAUUGCGCUUUUUGCAUUUUGCAACUAGGUUUGUGCCAUGCUUUUUUCAGUGCACAGUAAUAAACGUUAACAUAUUAAGUCUUGAUAUGUUUAAGGGAACAAUAUGCAGAAUGCACUGGAGACCACCAAUGCAUUUCUAGGCACUACAUUAAAAGCUUUUAUGCACCAUUUUGCCAUGAAGUGGCUUCUAACAAGAAAGUAAUGAAGGGAUGGCUAUUGGUAGUUUUAUACCAUGAGCAUUAUGUAUUUGUGUGAUAGACUGGCUACAGUUUAUUUAAAGGAGUUGAAAUUAAUGGGUUGAUUUAAGUAUUUUUAAAUCCAUACUAUAUUAUCAAAAUAGAAAUUUAGAAGGUUGCUGCAGCCAUGCUUUGCACUUGGUUCUAGACUCUCUUAAUGUGAUCCAUAUUAAGCAAGAGGGUACAUUUGUGUGGCACACAUGCUAUGUAAAUGCUAAGGAAACGUGGAGAAAUCCCUGUGAUUUUAUUGUUUUAUACUGACACAUUGAGUGUGUGGGUGUUUUAACUGCUGACAGAUGACAUUGUGGGUUUUGAAUAUCAUAAUGUGAUUCUUUAAAUACUUAAUAGUAACGCAAUACAAUGGUAAUAAAACUACCUGUACAACUCUGUG